AUGUCCUCCCUCUCAUCAUUGCAGGGAAGUAGUGGUAAGCUUCUUAGGCGAAUUCAUCGUGCUUGUAGACCAUCGCUUGAUGAACCAAACAUUGCACUCAAUUUGGAGAUCUGUGACCUCAUUAAUCAAAAACAGGGAAACCUCCCACGUGAAGCCACUAUAGCCACCGUCAAGUUGAUCAACUCACGUGACCCUCAGGUAUCUGAGUUGGCGCUAACUUUGUUGGAUUAUAUCGUGAAGAAUUGCGGCUAUCCGGUCCACUUACAGAUAUCUCGAAAAGAGUUUCUCAACGAGUUGGUUAAACGAUUCCCUGAAAGACCUCCUUUUGGUUACACGCGGAUCCAGAGAUUGAUCCUAGGCACAAUUUCAGAAUGGGUCCAGACAAUUUGCAAAACUUCAAGAUAUAAGGAAGAUUUAGGAUACAUCCGUGAUAUGUACAGAUUGUUGAGAAGUAAGGGAUACGAUUUCCCGUCUGUUAAAUCCGAGGAUGCUGCCGUUUUGAAUCCAAGUGACAACUUGAAGUCCAUUGAGGAAUUACGGGACGAAGAGCAUGUUGCACAAAGUGCUAAAUUACAGGAAUUAAUUCGUCGUGGUAGACCACAGGACUUGAAAGAGGCCAAUGACCUUAUGAAGAUCAUGUCUGGAUUCAAAGAAGAUGAAAGUUAUGAGCAGACAAGACAGCAGGUCCACGAGGAGUUGGAUAAGGUCGGCCGAAAGGCAGAUUUAUUGGACGAGAUUUUGACCAAUGCUACCAAUGUUGGCUCAUUAGAUACCUCUGACGGCACUGUUCAAGAGCUCAUUUCGGCCAUAAAGGUUGCGCAACCAAAGUUACAGAAGAUUAUACAAGAGGAAUCUGACGACGAUGAAAGUGUCCAGAGGUUAUUGAAACUAAACGAUAAGCUUAACAUUGUUCUCCAGAAAGUUGCUUUACUUACUAAAGGUGACGCUACUGCUGCUGCCCAAAUUAAGGUUCCCGGUGGCGCACCAACUAUGAAUUUGAUCGAUUUUGACGACGAUGACGUCGACGAUAAUUCUCCUGUGUCAAACUAUCCUUCAGGUGUUUCCGCUGCUGCUAUAUCUUCUUCUGGUAUGGCUGCCUCUACUGGUGAUGCUAUAGCUGAUCUUUUGAGUGAUUUGGGAGGUCUUACAUUUGACUCCAACCAUAAUCCUCAAUCCACAACUCUUGGCGGCGGAGCCAUCAACCUUUUAGGUACCCCAGAACCUGAGAAAAAGGCUACUAAAAGUGCCGCUGCCACUAAUUACUUGUUGGCUGGCUUUGGAGCUCCUGCAACUUCUGCUGCUGCGGCUGCUUCUGUUGUAUCUCCUACUUCUGCGACAGCUCAAUUCGAUCCAUUUCAGUUCAACCUUUCUUCCAAACCAUCCUCUUCACUCCUCAACCAAUCUGAAAACUUGAAAAUAACAUAUACUGUUAACUCUAAGCAGGCUUCAUCUGUUGAUCUGACAUUCCAUUUCAGUAAUCUUACUAUCACGAAGCAGAUUACCCAAUUACAGUUUUCUCUGGCGGUCACAAAGCAGUUUGAUUUGAACCUGAAGUCUCCAUCCACCUUGAGUUUAAGCGCAGGCGUUACUGAUGGAAUUUCACAAGCUGCUACCAUCAGCCAAAAGGAACAUAAGCCCUUUGACAACCUUAAACUAAAGUUUAAAUGCUCUUACCAGCUUGCCGGCAUCCCGAUAGAGGAGCAAGGUGUGAUGUCUGUCUCUCUAAAAUGA